AAGUCAGUCAGUCAGGCACAUGAUUGAUCAAUCGGUGAAUCGAUUAAAUCGUUCAACACGGUUAGUGAUUUAUUAUGAUGAACAUACAAGUUAAAAAAUCUGUUUUCGCUGUUAGUGAAUUCACCUUGUCAAAUGUACAGUGCGUUCGUGUGACCAAGUGAAUUAUCAACCACUUUUUCAAUGUUUUUAUUCUUUGACCCUUUAGCUAUUGAAAAUCUCAGCCAGAAGUCUUCUAAUCACGAAUUAAAAAUUGAGAAUUAACAAUUUAUCCUAUCUUUAAGACUUAACGUUAAUUAGUUUUCUAUUUACUAGUGUUAGUACACUCUUGGACCUUAGAUGCACUUUUAUAAGGUGCAAAAUGUGCAUCAUUGCAAACGAAAGUUCAAUUAAAACACGUUGAAAGUGAAUCAAUGGUGUCGUAUGCUAUUUGCCGGGAUAGAAAGUGAAUAUUUGAACGAUUGUGUAAAUAAUGGGGCUGAAGAAAAAUAAUAUUUCAAUUGUAGAAUGUACAAAUUGAAUUCGAGAGGGAAUUUGAGCGAAGAUUAAUAAGCAAGUUGGAAAGCGCUGGAUCAGAGAAACACUCUUCAAUUGAGGCUCCCUCCAUGGUCCGCCAUUCUUAAUAAACAAUAGGAAAAAUUUUAAUUGCUAUUUUAGAUACCAUAAACGAAGUUAAAUAAAGAAAACAGAUGCUACAGAAAAAACUACAGUAAUUAUAUGUAUGAAAGAAAUUAUUAAAGGGUGACCUGUACAAUCUGUGGACUCUCUAGUUCUAUUAACUCUAAACAGUGAUAAUAUACUGAUUAACUAAAAGAUCAUCUAAAUUAAGGAAACCUGAGAAACAACUUUCGAAAUAAUCAACAACGGCUGAAAAAAUAUUCAUUUAAUGACGUCUAUGUGUCUAUAUUAAAGGAGAAACCGCAAUAUUUGCGUUCAAGAAGAAAUUUCAUAUAAAAUAGAAAAAUAUUUAUGAAGAACGAAUAUCCUGAAGGGUCGACAUGUAUCUCAAGGCAUUAUGCACAUUGAUCCUGGCGAAAAGGUGAUCAAGAGUUUCUUAUAUUCCCAUGUAAGCAUUUAUGGGAUAAAGAUCAAGGAUGGAGCUGAACAUGUUCUUCGUCUACAUCGCGAGUCUGAUGAUAGCAUCGAUAGUUCUAAUCGGCAGUAUUAACGCGAACCCAACGUACUACGUGAAACCCAUUGAGGACGAGAACAAUUACGCUGAAGUCCUGGAGCUUUCGCUUUUGUUUUACGAAGCACAGCGGUCGGGAAAGCUGCCAAGGGACAAUCGAAUCCCAUGGAGAGGAGAUUCGGCAUUGAACGAUCGUGGCCCGAACGGGGAGGAUCUGACUGGUGGCUAUUAUGAUGCCGGUGAUUUCGUAAAGUUUGGCUUCACAAUGGCUUCAACGACGACCCUUUUGGCAUGGGGUGCGGUCAGCUGGCCAGAAGCUUACAACGCAGCCGGUCAACUUGAUGAACUUCGCAAAGCCAUCAAAUGGGCCACUGAUUACUUCAUCAAGUGCCAUGUCAGCGAAUACGUCUUCUACGGUCAAGUUGGUGAUUUCUCUUUGGAUCACACCUUCUGGGGAAGACCUGAGGAACUAAACACCACCAGACCUGCUUACAAAAUUGAUCCUGAACAUCCUGGUUCUGAUCUGGCAGGCGAAACAGCAGCAGCUCUUGCGGCUUCCAGCAUAGUUUUUCGCAACCAGGAUCCCGAAUACAGUGCCAAAUGCUUAAAGCAUGCCAAAGAAUUAUAUAAAUUCGCCAACAGAUAUCGUGGAUUAUACCAUGAAGCAAUUCGUGGAGCAGCCCAGUAUUACGAGAGUACAGAUUACGGUGACGAAUUGGCUUGGGCAGCUGCGUGGCUCUUCAAAGCAACUAAUGAAACGAUUUACCUUGAAGAUGCUAAACAUCAUUAUCAACAUUUCGACCUUAAAAACAGGCCAAAUGAAUUCUUUUAUAAUAAAAAAGACGCUGGUGUGCAGGUUUUAUUGGCGCAACUGACAAGAGAGCCAAAGUAUCAGAAGGCGGCACGUGCUUUUUGUGAUUUCUCGGUGCACCAGCAAAAACGGACAUCAAAGGGAUUGCUGUAUAUCGAUAAAUUUGGCACCCUGUGCCAUGCAGCAAAUGUCGCGUUCGUUUGUCUGGAAGCAGCCGAUUCACCUGAUAUUGGGAAUUUUCAGGAAUAUCGCGACUUUGCCGAGCAACAAAUUUAUUAUAUGCUCGGUGGAGGAGGGAGGAGUUACGUCGUUGGUUGGGGUCGAAAUCCACCGAAGCAGCCUCAUCACGCAGCUUCAUCCUGUCCGGAUAGGCCAGCUGUUUGCGGAUGGUCCGAGUUUGACAAGGAUGCUCCAAAUCCUCAGAUCCUUUACGGUGCCCUGGUCUCUGGACCUGACGAAGCAGAUAAAUUUCAUGACCACAGAGAAGAUUACGUAUACACUGAAGUCACUUUGGAUUAUAACGCCGGGUUUACGAGCGCUCUUGCUGGACUAUUGCAAUUGCGGGUAAAAAGCAUCGCGUAACUCGCGAUGACAUUUUAUUAAUGACAUCGUAUCGUUCAUACUUUUCAUCACCAACUAUUUCACUUUUCGAAAACUGUUAUAUAUGUUAUAAUACUGCACGAAGUGUUACAUAAGCUGUGAACUGAAAUUAAGUAACAUUUUCAAAAGCUUUGUGGCAUUCGCGGAAUUAGAGUUAUCUUGGGACUUGGGCCAGAUCCCAAAUAUUUCAGAAUUCUAUAAUUUUCUGGAAUUUUCGAAUUGUAGAUUUUUUUACUUUUGAAAUUUUAAAAUAACGAAAUCUUGAUAAUCUGGAGUUUUUCGUUUCUGAAGAUCUGAAAUUUUAGAAUUUUCUAGUUUUAAAGUUUUGAAAUUUGGAAAUUUUAGAAUUUUUUAUUUCUGGAAUUUUGGACUUCGCGAUUUCUAGAAUUUUAGAAUUACGGAACUUUCGACGUUUGCAAUUUUUGAAUCUUUGACUUCUGGAAUUUUAGAAUUGUGAAACUUUUGACUUCUGAAAUUGUGGAAUUUUCUAUGUUUGGAACUAAGGGAUUAUAAAAUCUUGAUAAUCUGAAAUUUUAGAAUUUUUGGAUUCUGGAAUAUUGAAAUUUUCAAACUUUGGAAUAAAGAGGGAUUCAAUCUGCAUUUUGUAAGGCCCUUCUGGCCCAUACCUAAUUACGCCAAUGCUCUGUUGUUUUAAAAAAA